AUGGCCCCCGACGUUCCCGAUUGGCAAGCGCCGCUCACCGCCGUGCAGAAACAGAUCGACGAGCUCGUCGCGCUUUUCCGCAACUCCCACCCUUCAUCAUCCUCCACCAUGGAUAACCACAAUCCUCGUGGCCCGCUGGUUCGUCUGGACGUUCCGCGCUUUGACGGCGAUGAUCCUCAUUCAUGGAUCUUCAAAAUUGAGGAAUACUUCGCAUACCACAACACACCAGACACGCAACGCCUCCAAAUCGUUGCGUUCCAUCUCGACGGCAAGGCCUCCACAUGGUUUCAAUGGCUGAAAUCACAACAUAUGCUAUCGACAUGGCCGGAUUUCUUAGCCCGCGUUCGCGCGCGCUUUGGUCCCUCGCAAUUUGAGGACCCCGAAGGCACGCUAGCCAAACUCACACAACAAGGUUCUGUUGGUGAUUACCAAUCCACCUUCGAAUCUUUAAUGGGACGCGUCACGGGUAUCUCUGAACCUCUUCUUAUAUCCUUUUAUAUAUCUGGGCUCCAGCCAUCUAUCCGUCGUGAAUUACAGAUGAAUCGACCAUCAACGUUGGAUGAGACUUUCGCUCUUGCUCGGGUAUUCGAAAGCAAGUACUCAGAGGACCCGCCCAGCCACCACGGCUCCAACCGGCAGUUCAACAGGCCGGCAUAUUCGCCCUCUUCCGUGCCUCGGCCACCACCAGCUCACACGCCAACACCACCACCAUCGAGCCACCCCAUCACCACACCGCCUAUCACUGGGCCUCGUCGCGAAACCACCACGGCUGUCCCGGUCCGACGCCUUACCCCGGCAGAAACUCGCGAGAAGCGCGAGCGCGGUCUCUGUUUCCACUGUGACCAAAAGUGGAACCCCGCCCAUCGUUGCAAAUCAAAAGGCACUGUCAUGCUUUUAGAGGGAGAUGACAUCGAACCUUCGGAGGAUAUUGAACCCACCGAACCCGCUGAUCACUCUUUGGAUGAGACACUUAUCAUGGGCGAUAUCUCUAGCCUGCACUCAUUGUCCGGCGCUACUCACCCCCGAUCUCUUCGUUUAUGGGGCACCACGCUCAAUCAACGCUUUCAGGUAAUGAUCGAUAACGGUAGUACUCACAAUUUCAUUACACCUGCCCUUGCAGAGCGCCUCAAGUUGCCACUCUCACCGGUUCCCAGCUUUCGAGUCCGUAUCGGCAACGGUGACUCUAUUAUCUGCCAGCACGUCUGCCACCACACCACUAUCAACCUCCAAGGCACCGACUUCACUCUGGAUCUCUUUAUGUUGCCCAUCAAAGGCCCCGACGUCAUUCUCGGCAUUCAGUGGCUACAAGAAUUGGGCCGUGUGCUACACGAUUAUAGUCACGGUCGCAUGGAGUUCACGUGGAAUGGUCAACAAGCCCUACUCCAAUCUGAUGAGGUUGAUUCACUAUUUGAAUUAUGGAUGCUCCUGACCGACGAACCCGCUGUCCCAUCUAUUCCUCUUACUGAACUCCAGGAUGUUUCUUCCUAUUUUCGUCCGCUCCUGACUCAGUUCGCCGACGUAUUUACAGCACCAACGGGACUUCCUCCACAUCGUCUCUUUGAUCAUCGUAUCCAUCUGGACCCAGGUUCCAAACCAAUCAACGUUCGCCCAUACCGCUACCCUCACUUCCAGAAGAGCGAGAUGGAACGUUUGGUCCAAGAAAUGCUCGAUCAGGGCAUUAUACGCCCCAGCCACAGCCCAUUUUCAUCCCCAGUGCUAUUGGUUCGGAAGAAGGAUGGCUCUUUCCGCUUCUGCGUUGAUUAUCGCGCCUUGAACGCGGUAACCGUUAAAGACAAAUUUCCAAUUCCCACCGUCGAUGAACUCAUUGACGAAUUGGGCACUUCAACCAUCUUCUCCAAGCUCGAUCUGCGCGCCGGGUUUCACCAAAUCCGUAUGCACAAUCAAGACAUUUUCAAGACGGCAUUCCGGACUCACGACGGCCAUUAUGAGUUUCUAGUGAUGCCAUUCGGCUUAUCUAAUGCUCCGUCUACGUUUCAGGCCACUAUGAACUACGUUCUCAAGAAAUUUUUGCGUUGUUUCGUCGUCGUCUUCUUUGACGAUAUACUUAUCUACAGUCGCUCCAAGUCCGAACAUCUUGAGCAUUUAUCCGCCGUGCUCUCCUGCCUUCGCACCAACUGUCUCUACGUCAAGCUCUCUAAGUGCUCUUUUGGGACUUCGUCUGUCACCUACUUGGGUCAUAUCGCGGCGGAGAUCGUGGAGGAAGGAGAAGGGUUCGCCGGCUGGAGAAUAGGUGGCGGAGGUCGUGGAGGAAAGAGGGUUUGCUGGGGGGAGGCGGCGGAGGCCGUGGAGGAAGGAGAAGGGUUUCGGGAUGGAGAAGAGGCAGCGGAGGUCGUGGCGACGGGGGAUCCAACUCUCUCCUCUCUCUCCGCAUCUGGCUUAGGAAAAUUGGAGUUGGAGUUGGGGAAUUGGGUAUUUGGUUUGGAGAGUUUGCUGGGGAAAGGCGGCGGAGGCCGUGGAGGAAGGAGGAGUGUCCGUCGACUGGAGAACAGGCGGCGGAGAUUGUGGAAGAAGGAGGAGGUUUCGCCGACCGGAGAAGAGAACAGAGACUUGAGCUUUGCCUCGCCGGAGGGAGGGGCUCUGCUGGUGGGGGAGAAGUGGCAGCGGUGGUGGUCUAGAGAUGAGAUAGAGUGA